UUAUAUUAGUGCAGAACACUGUACCUUUAAUUUAAAUGCCCUUGGAGUCUGCUGGGGAAGAGAAAUAAUACUGUCAGUCAGUAUGACAUGCAGAUGAGUGCCGUCGAUCUUAGAAUCACCGCACACUUCACUCAUUUGGGCAGUCACGGGGCCAAAACCAGAGUGUGGAGCCACAGUGUGGCGGUGGAGGCAGCAGCAAUGGGAGGCCAUACAGCACCCUAUGACAAAAUGGAACCCACCAGCAGUGUGAGGAGACCUGAAAGUGGCACAUGGCAGAGUGUGGCGAUGGAGACAGCAGCAAUGGGAGGCCGUACAGGGACCCAUGACAGAUUACGGGCCUGGCAGCAGCAUGAGGAGUCGGUACGGGGGCCCAUGGCAGAUUACGGGCCUGGCAGCAGCAUGAGGAGGCGGUACAGGGGCCCAUGGCAGAGGAUGGAUCUGGCAGCAGUAUGAGAAGGCGGUACAGGGGCCCGU